UAUCAAAUUGAUGAAAAAUAUAUCAAUUGUCAAAAUAAAUUAAUUUUAAAAUAAUGAUGCUAUUCUCUCCUUCAAACGUGAUUCUUCACCGGGGGUUGAUGGGUUUCGCCCAAUAUUCCUACAGGAUCUAACCGCACCUUACAUCACACAACAAUGCUACGUUUUGGAAAAAAUUACUCAACUCAUCAACCGUAUGCUUGCUGGAGGCUUACCACCCGCCAUUAUUCCACUCCUUUAUGGAGCUAAACUCAUCGCCCUCCAUAAACAUAAUAAAGAUAUUCGACCUAUCGCUAUUGGGACCACUUGGCGCCGAUUAACCGCAAAGCUAGUAGUGAGCAGAAUAUUGUUCACAGUAUCCAAUCACCUGUGCCCUAAUUAAUUAGGAGUCAACGUAAAAGGGGGAUGUGAGGUAUCCCUACACAUGACCAGAAUGUAUCUACAAACAGACCCCAGUGACGAUAUCCUAAUUAAAAUAAAUUUUUUAAACGCUUUUAACUCUCUAAAACGUUCAGCGUUUCUUAAUCCCAUCCUUACCCUUUAGCCAGAAUACUCGCAAUUCGUCUUCGAUUGUUAUGCUAGUCCAUCGCAUCUUCAAUUUGGAGAUAGAUUGAUUCCUUCUAGUAGUGGAAUACAACAAGGUGACCCUCUAGGCUCCUUUUUAUUCUGUCUGGGCAUUAAUAGCCUAAUACAAGGCAUAAAUGACCAAUGUAAACUAAACCUUCAUAACUGGUAUAUCGACGAUGGUAUACUAGGCGGCUCACCCAGCAAAGUUAUGAAGGCGGUCGAAAUAAUAAAAUCCAGCGAGAGCAGUUUGGGACUGCGAAUCAAUCAAGACAAAAGCGAAUAUUGUCCUCUUGGAAUCAUCGACCUUAACUAUGAUCCUUCGUUCAAUCAUACACCAUUGAACUUCUUAACACAUCUUGGAUCUCCAGUGGGUAAAGACGAGUCCUUUGUCAAGUUCUUCGCCGACACUCUACUAGAGAUAUCCCUUAUGCGCGGUACACUAUCUCGCCUCCCAGCCCACCAAGCGUUCCUUCUAUUAAAGAACUACCUCCUAAUCCCAAAAAUUCUAUAUACACUCCGAUCGUCACGUAUCUUCCAAUACGAAGUCAACCUCGCUGCACACGAGCUAGAGAUUAAACAUCUCACAGAGGAUAUACUCAAUCUCAAAUUCGGAGACCUAUCUUGGCUACAAGCCACCUUGCCAACCAAAUCCGGCGGCAUUGGCAUACGAUCGCCUUCCCUACUCUCUGUUAGUGCGUUCAUAUCCUCUCGCCUGUCCUGCGAGCCCAUCAUACACGCACUCACAAAACAUCCUGACCCUUUACUUCCCCAGGCAAUUGAUCUAUGGAAAUCUCUUUCAUUAGUCGAUCCUCCCUCAUCGGCACUGCAGAAGAACUGGGAUAAGCCUCUAGUUGGCAACUCCGUUGCAUACCUUAAAUCGAGGAGCCAACCCGAGGACCAUUCUCUACUCUUCUCCAUUUCCGCAGACAGCGGGUAUGAAUUUCUCGAAGCUUUUCCAUCGCGAAACCUUGACCAGCUCCUAAGCAACGAUGAGCUACGUUACGCCAUCGGUCUAAGACUUAAUUGUGAUGUGGUAAUACCCUAUCACUGCAUCCUUUGUCAAACGCCGGUCAACUCCAAAGGCCGUCACUCUUUACACUGCAAGCGCUGUAGAGGCAGAUUCAUUAGACAUUCAAAAUGCAAUGAUACUAUUGCCAGGGCCCUAAAAUCUGCCGGUAUCCCAUCAACCCUCGAACCUACUGGACUCUACAAUUCUGAUGGUAAGCGUCCCGAUGGCUCUACCAUGAUCCCUUGGAAGAGAGAGGAAUUCCUAACCUAGGAUUUCUCAUGCAUCGAUCCCCUUGCCCCUUCCAAUAUAAAUAGAGAUGCUCUAGUAGACGCCGAGACGAAUAAACUCGCUAAGUAUUCGCCAUCGCUUCCGGCCAAUUACACAUUCCUACCACUAAUCGCCACGACUCUAACGUUGUUCGGCUCUCAUGCCCUGGCCUUCUUUAAAGAGCUGGGGAAACGGAUCUCUACUAGGACCGAAGAUCCCAACGAGGGUUACUACCUACGCCAAAGAUUCUCAAUAUAAUAAAAUCCAAUUACCUCCGCUUCAUAUUCUCAAUGACUGAUAACCCCUAAUCACAGAAUCGGCGAUGAGAAGGGCAAUUUUAAUAUAAGCCAAAUGUCAUGUUUGUAGGCGUGAGAUGCGUUUAAAUUUCUCCUGUGAAAAAGAAGAUGGCACAUUAUAUACAUCAAGGAAGCUCCAAAUUUGGUGAUCGG